CUAUUAGACACCGAUAGGUAGCCUCUACUGUUGUGCCUCAAUACUUGUUAUACGGAAACCUUCACAUCCUCCCACGGGCCAAGUUUUCUAGGGCUGACGGACAAGAACGACACAAGUGAACGUUUUUGCUUUGUCGUGAAAUUUCUGGUAUGGCGUAUCAGGGACCGGCUGCCUAUCCGGCUGCCGGGUCAGCCGCCUGGGGUGCUUCUGCCUCUGCGCCAGCGGAUCCCUCUUAUUAUCAACAAUAUUACGCUUCUUACGGCUACGGGACUGGCUACGACUAUUCUGCAUACUAUCAGCACCAGUCUGCUUAUCCUCAAACUGUUCCCGAGCAGGGCACCCAACCUCAGUCCGCGCCAAAUGUGCCAACGCCUGACUCGUCAGGCUCCGCGCCUGCACCACCGCCUCCUCCUCCCAGUUUGGAAGGGCCUUCACCAGCCCCUCCAAGCUCGCCUGCAAUGAAGGAAACUUCUGCUGCUGCUGACCAGUCCAUGCCGCCUCCGCCUCCUCAAGGCGAUCCCCCGCCACCAGGCGCUGAAGGCAGCGAUGACGCCAAACAACAGAAGGUUGUAGCUUCUUCUGAAGCAUCCAAGCAGCCUAGCUCGGCUGCGGCGCCAGCACCUGCCGGUUAUGACGCAGCUGCCUACGCGCAAUGGUACGCGCAAACAUAUGGCGCUUACUACUCCUAUCCUGGUUAUGACCAGCAGAGUUAUGCUUAUUGGCAACAGCAGCAGCAGCCUUAUGCGUACACGUCGCAACCCUACGGCCAGCCACAGCUUCCAUCUAUUCCUCCACCCGCGCCCCCGAAGGGCGACCCACCGGGAAGCACUGGGCGCACAAAAGCCAGCCAGCCGUCUGGAAGCGCUUCCCCGGCGCAUCUUCAUGAUGCGUACAACGCGCAGCCUCCGCCUUCAAGCUUAUACGGCCAACAGCCGGCACACAAGGGUCAGAACGGGCGCCAACAGUCUGGCUCCGUGACCGAUGCCUACAACGCCCAGCCCCCGCCAGUGAACCUUUACGGCCACCAGGCCCACAAGGGCCAGCAUGGCCGCAAUCAGACGGGUCCUACUGGGCCAAAUACCGUCCCGAUCGGCCCUCGUCCGCCCCCAGGCGAACCCCCAGCGGCCUCAACGGCACAAGCGGCCUCACCCGCAGGCGUGCAGCAGCAGUCAAGUCGUUUCCGCGGCCCAUCUGCUAUACGACCUCAGCUCCCUGCCGCUAGCCGUCCGAAUGCCGCAGCAUCUCCAGCGUAUAUCCCCGUGGGUUCAGGUUCUUCAACUGGUGGGUCUAGCACUUCCGCUGUAGCUGCGGCGGUGGCGGCAGGCGCCGCUAGCGCUGCAGCCGCCGCUUCAGCUGCUAAAUCAGCGGCGGCGCAGGGCAGCAACCAAUGGCCGCCUAGCUUCACAGCAUGGGUGACGCGCUGCUUCAAUACGGCGCGCCUUCGCAACAUUCCCGACAACCGCCUAUCGGAGAAGCUGAUGGCCUAUUUGGAGCAGGUCAAGGCUGAAGGGCGGCUUUGGACCACUGACUGGGACACGCAGCCGGUCAUGCUGCCUGACUCUCCCAGCGAGCUGCGUGGUGAUGCGGCGGCGUCCAGCCAAGUGCUGUCACCCAAUGCACCGCAGGGCCGCAAGCGGAGCCGCUGGGGUGCUGUCCCAGAGGCUCAUGAGCCCGCUUAUUCCCUAGGCGGCCACCCUGCAUCCAGGCAGCACUACGAGCGUUCCCAAGACGUUGAUACGGACGAGGAGGAUCACGGACAGUGCGGCUCCGCGCGCAAGGACAAGUCCUCUCGGGGCUUGGAUGCGUUGCAGUCGCUGAGCAACCGUAAGCGCAAGAAGCUGCUACAGCUUGAGCAGCAGCGGCGGCGUAAUGACGCUCCAUCGGCUGAGGAGAUGCGGCGGCGGGCGCGUGCGGGUCGCUUUGGCGAUGGUCGCGCAGCAGGUGCAGCGGCGGGCGGCCGCAGCGGUGGAUCUCAGGAUGAGGACAGCUCGGGGAUGGACAUGUCGGACGAUGAGGAGUUGGCUGCUAACCGCUUUGGUGGCGUGGUGGUCGGGACCUGCCAGGCGCUGGAGAAGUCCUACUUCCGGUUAACCAGCCAGCCAGACCCUGCUUCUGUUCGCCCAGAGCCUGUAUUAGAGCGUGCCCUGCAGCGGCUGGUAGGCCUGAUUGCACGCGGCGAGGCAACGUACUUUUACUCCCUAGACCAGUUCAAGGGCAUGCGGCAAGACUGCACUGUGCAGCACCUGCGCAACGCCCUUGCGGUGAAGGUGUACGAGGCACAUGCUCGUAGCAGCUUGGAAUACGGCGACACGGCGGAGUUUAACCAGUGCCAGGCGCGGCUGGGCCACCUGUACGCCGAAGGGCAGCCCGGCUGCCUUGCUGAGUUCACAGCGUACCGGUUGCUGUACGAGACCAUGCACUGCGCGUCGGCCAGCGGGCGGAGUGAAGGCAUGGCCAAGUCGCUGCUGCACACGAUGCGCAACGUGCCGCGCGAGUUGGCGGGAUCGCCCGAGGUCCGCCACGCCUUGCAGGUCCGCGAGGCCGUCAUGACGCAGAACUACGCGGCCUUCUUCCGCCUCUACGCCAGUGCGCCGCACCUUGGGCGUGCCAUCAUGGACUUGGUGGCGGAGUCCAUGCGCUGGGGCGGCCUGAAUGCUUUUGUCAAGGCAUGCGACCUGCCGGUGCCUGUGACUGCCAUGUCCCAGUUGCUGGGAUUCUCGCCGCGGCCGGAGCAGGCGGUCGAGGCGGCAGGCAAGGCCGAUGCCAAGCCGCUGCCGGGAUGCAUGCGGGUACGCUUGGAGGGCGAGGCGGCGCCUGCCGCUACUGAGGAAGAGGCGCUGGUGCAGUGUUCGGCUUGGCUGCAAGAGCAUGGGGCCGUGGUUGUUGAGAAGGGCGCUGAGCUGCUGCUUGACACCAAGGCCUCCCGCGGCAAGUUGUUCGUACCAGAAGUGGUCGCCAAGGUGGCGCACGGUGACGAGAACCUCAGCGUGGUGGAUUUCCUGUCCAGGGCGCUGGCCGCGUAACGGACGCCUCCCCUGCCGGCAUUCAGCGCAGUGUGCUGCAGUGUCGCCAUCGCCACGCGGCUUUGGCUGCUAUGCUGGCCAAUACCAACUUACAUUGCAUGGGCGCGUGUCGACGUACGGCUGUUGGAGCUUAUCCCUAGUGCACCAUCAUUUUCUCGAUAACUUGCAGGUCUACGGCGUGCCUACCGCGACGGCUUGGUACUGCACAACGCGCCUUGUACCUGCUUCGCCCUUUCGCAAGGGCUGCAGUGCUGCUCAAGCAUUGCAUGGCGGCCGUCCGAAAGGGCCUUGCUCUGGCUUCUUCGUCUCGGCGUUGACUCGACAUCGUCAGGUAGCAGCAUACCGGGCUCACUUGAAUCAUAUUGGCGGCCGCGUCCCACGAUGCCGUAUACUAACGCUCUUCUAGCUCACUAGUCCCACCGAUGGCGCCCACAAUGCCGCCUGGUCACCAGCGUUUGUCUUCUUCCACCCCUCCUCCGCCUCAUAACGUCUGCGUUCGUGUUAAGCAGUGUGGAGUCUUACGAGUUUAGCCUCACCUGUACGAUACAGCCAUGACGCCUAGCAGUCACCCGGAGCUUACGAGUGCGAUGUGCCUCAUGGCGGGUCCUUCAAAGCCUUCGCCUCGGUUGACUCCCACUCCCAACAGCCCCCUCGCACGGAAAACUGGGUCUUAGCACAGCUUUUCGGAAUAACGGUCAGGUACGGCACUCUGUUUUGUUGUUGCAUUUGCACGUCGCAUGGUCUUCGGGAGCGAUCAGCAUGGCGUGGAGGGCCAUGCUCGUCGCCGCCUAUAGUACGGCGGCCGCUGCUUACCGGCUGACAGCUGUUGCUGGCGUUGGCAGCGGCCAUUAGCGGUCGGGGAAAUGCUGCGCCGCAUCCUCCAAAGGCGGCUAACUGCCUUCGCCUCACGUGUCUGCGUAAGCACGUGGUGCGAAGGCUGGCCAUGAUGCGCACCUAGAGGGCGAGGCAUUCACAGGUCAAGUCGCAUGCAAGCAGUGCACGCCGCCGUCCGCUGAGGGGCUCCGACAU